UCUAGUGCAAGUAAUAUAAAACUAGUCGAGUCACUCGAGUGAAAAGCAACUCAAGUUCCAUCACUACAAUAUAGGGACUCGUUUUGUUUCUUUCUUGACUUGUUCUACUGAGAUAAGGUAAGAUUUAAUUGUAACCAUGAAAACUGAUAGAGAACAUAGCUCCGAUUACUGUGAUGAUGGAUAUGAUGCUACAGACUGGGAUGAUUUCGGAGCCGACUCAAAUGUUCCAAACUCGAGGAAUGACCGCUACAGCAAUGCAUAUGGUGAAUACAGUGGAGGAUAUGGACAUAUGAAUAGUGCAAGUGGAGGUGGAUUUGGGCCAACCAACCAUUUGGGAUAUGAACCAUUGAAUUUUAACAGUUAUCCACAUCCAGACUUCAUGGGCCCAGGAUCCUAUAGGCGAAGGCAAUGGUUUGAACCAGAUAAUUAUGAGAUGGGAAGAGGUUAUGGUCCCCAAGGACCUGUCAGAACUCGAAGACAUAAUGAUCGCAUUAUCAAAUUUCUGUUACGUUGUGGGGUUCCAAAUGAAAAUUUAAGAAAACUGCCGAAAUCAAUGCUGGAGUUGAUGACUGAAGAAUAUUGUGGAUUGUGUGGUCUAAGUUUUAAUGCAUCACCUAUGGCUCGCAUCCAUUAUGUUUCUAAAAACCAUUACAAGAAUCAGAAAAAAUGGUCAACUCAACAUUCCAAUCCUGAAUUAAAAGUCACUGCUGAGGUACCUUUUAAGGCACGUGAAUUGUAUUGUGAAAUCUGUGAUGUUCACAUCACAUCUAAAUCUCAUGCCAGCUCCCAUUACGCUGGGAAACCGCAUCGGGCAAUUGUGGAGGGACGAAAGAUGUCUCGGAAUCCAAUUUUACUCCAGGAAAAUAUGGCUUCGCGCUUGGAGCAACUUAUUCGGCGUGAGAAGAAACAUUUAAAAUCAACCGAAACUGAUAAGUAUGCAGAAAAAGGCACCAACAGCAAGAUACAGCCAGAGUUGUACUGCGAAAUAUGCAAGGCAACAGUGACAUGUACCGAGCAAAUGACAAUGCAUUUGAAUGGAAAACGUCAUUUAACAAAAGAAAAGCAACACAUACUGAAAAUGAUGAAAGCCUCAUCUAGUGAUAAUGAUAAAGACAAAACCAACGCAAGUUGUGCAGAAGGUGAUAAAGAAUCUACAUCUCCCGUAGAUGUAGACGAUAAUAUUGAUGAUGAUGAUGAAGGAAAUAGUGUUGGUGGUGAAAAGCAAGCAAAUGAAGGUGAUGAAGACAAAGAUGAUUGGGGAAAUGAUAGUGGCAAUUGGGAUGAAUCGGAAAUUUAUUGAUGCAUUCAUUAGUUCCGUGUUGCAGAAUUGGGUUGCGUUUACCUCAAUGUAUGGAAAAUUCAACCAGAAUGAUUUAUUAGUUUAUUAAACACGCAUUAUUCUUUACUUCAAAAAUGUAUAUUGUCAUAUAUCUAAAUGUUUUUUGAACAAUUGAUUCAAUAACACUUAAAUGUCAAGAUGUAAUAGGAAUUGUCAAGCUUGUAAUUUCUAUAAACGAGUAUAACAACUUUCUUUUUUUUGUAUUUAUAAGGAUU